UAAUGUUUAAAUCCUUUCGGACGCACUGGGUAGAGUUUCCCAAGGAGGAGGGUGUUUUGUAGGUUGAAUGUUCGUUUUGAAACGGAGAUACAAUGGCAAAUAAUAUCAAAUCGAAGGCACUGAGGUUCAAGUCCAAAUUCAUAACUGCUGAGCUGGCUCGUUUAUUCAGCCAGUCGGACAGUGAGGAUGAGUUUGAAGGCUUCAGUGAAGAAGAGGAAAAAGUGGACAGAAGACAUUUCAACAAACGAUUUAAUGCACAGAGGGUGGAGUCGGAGGAUGACAGUGAUGUAGACACAGGUUUCUACUCUGAUGGUGAAGAGACACCCGUCCCCAAGAGGAGAAGCCUCUUAGUAGCUCUCAGGUUUCCAGUCAAACAGCCAUCUGCCCACAAACAGGAGCCAAAAAAGAAAAACGUCAAAAAGCCGGUACAAGAAACUCUGGCGCGGAGGAUGAGACAGAAGAUGAAGAAGCAGGAUCGACACAGAGAAGAAGAGAAAGAACAAGAACAGGAGCAGGGCGAGGAUGAGGUCUUGUACCAGAGCCUAAGGAAACGGGAUAAAAACAUCCAGGAGAACAAGGCUAUGCUGGCUAAGCUGUUUGCUGAUCUCAGCACUAUGGCUGAUCUGACUCUGCCCGCCACUCCUCAAAAGAAGAAGCGCUCCCCUGUGAAAACAACACCACGAAAACGCAAAAUCGAGCUGGACAGCGGGUCAGAAAGGAGGAACCCGUCCCGUAAGGCCCGUCCUCCUGAGAACUUUGCUGUGGACCAAGCGUGUGAGCCAUUGCCUCGUAAGGGCCCCAAGACAAUAGACCUCAGGAGACUGGUGGAGGUGGAUGAGGAGCUUGCUGGUGAGAAAAUAAAGAAGAAGCGCCACAGACGCAGUCAAUUUGAUUUCAAGACCGUUGAUGACGUCACCAAGGAAGAACUGGACAACAUAGCUUACCGCAGUAAAGACAAGAUCUGGGACAAAGAGAAUGGAAGCUCGUGCCACCAGUGCAGACAAAAAACACUCGACACCAAGACCGUGUGCCGCAGUGGGUUCUGUUCGGCAGGCAAAGGGCAGUUCUGUGGGCCGUGUCUCAAGAACCGUUACGGCGAGGAUGUACGCACCGUGUUGCUUGACCCGACAUGGUCGUGUCCCAUCUGCAGAGGGGUCUGUAACUGCAGCCUGUGUCGGAAAAAGGAGGGGCGCUGUCCAACUGGGCUCUUGGUAGGGCUGGCCCGCUAUAACGGCCAUGACAAUGUCCAUGAGUAUCUGGAGAGCAUUCAGAAGGAGCUACAGUAAAGUCCAGGCUGAACUUCAUCGCACUCUUGAUACCUGCUCAGUACUGUAGUUUUUUGAUACACAUUUCUACAUUGUAGCACAAUCACUGUGAUAGUUUCUAAAUAUUGUUUUUAACUUUUCAUUUUUUAGUUGUCCAUGUUUCUCACCAGAAAAAAACAUUAACAUCCUAUUUCCGUCUGCAAAAGGAUUUUAUACUACCACUUUUCUAAACAUUGUCAGGUUACUGUAAUAUUACAGUUCUAAUAAAGAAAAAUUUCGAAUAGCAUUUUGUUAUUUGGGUGCUUGUUUCAGUAAUUCACGACAAAAAGGUGUGUCAGUCAGAAAGGUAAGGCUGUUUAAAAUCACUUUAUUGUCACGUGUUAUGCAGGCGAAGCAUCUUUUCUGUUCGAAGUUAGCUUUUUUUUUUUCAUUCUUUUUACUGACAUAACACAUUUGUACAAACCAGUUUUAGAAAUCUCAACAAACUGGAGCCUUUGAGGCUAACCUGGCAAAAAACCCAAUAUCAAAUGUCAUGGCAAAGAACAGACUGUAGAAAAAGAUUUACAAAUGAGAUGUCACUACAAAAUAUCAAAGAAAAAAAAGUUGGUUGGCGCACAAAAUAUUACCCAAAACAUCUACAUUUGUUUGGUAUCAACUUCUUUUUUUGUUUUAAUUUGAAACACAUUUUUUGCUUUCUUUUUAUUUUCUUCCAAAAAGGAAAAAAAAAACACACAUUAUGGCGCGUGGAGGAAAAAGAAAACUGCCAUGAACAUUAAAAAAAAAAAAAGAAGAAGCAAUACGACAGCAAAAAACUGAAACAUGCUGUACACAACUUUAGAAUCCACACACACACAAAUACAAAGUCCAGCAAGAAGGCAAACAUUACAAAUCAAGAUAAUAAAUUAGCUUUACACAGUGGGCUGCUGUGUGUCAGACUGGGAGGGGGAUGGUUUUCCAGAACAAUUUCUCUAAAAUAGACUUCUUUUUUUUCUUUUCUUUUCUUUUUUUUUUAAUAAUAAUGUACGCACCGGACUAACACUGAGCAACACCACCAGAAACAUCACCACAUAGCUAAACCGCCUGAACCACUUCCCCCGCCCAGCUGCCCCCCCCCCCCCACCCCCACUUCACUUCUCUGCAGUGGCCUGUGCUCUAUCCCACCAGUCCCCCUUUUCCUCCACCCACCUCACUGGCUCUGACCAUCCCUCAGCUUGUGUUAAGGCAGUUGUAGGUCACAGAGCAGGUGGGAUGGAUGUAGGGGGUGGGCAGCAGAGGAGCACAGAAACUCAAAAGCAUCACUGUCCAUAAUGAACAGACUGCCGCCAGGAAUCGAACCCACAAUAACGAUAAAAUGCAGGAAAUUACCAAACGACUGCAUGUGUGCUCUCAUUUAUCUCCCCUCCCUGACAAUGUAAACAUGGUCCACUAGGAUUGUCAUUAAAGUAUUGCUUUCACCUCACAAACAUAGUUGUAGAAAGCUAGAUUGUUUUUGUUUUAAAUAGAAACCUUUUUUCUCACGGCCGCUGUGCCUCAAUAGGAAUGCAUUAUGUAUAAAUCUUUCUAUAUGUGCUUGUUUUUUUUUUUUCUUCUUAAAAGAAUUUUCCUCGUAUCUUCAGUGACAGUUUGAGUGUUCACGAAAUAUCCACACCUGAAUUAGUUCUGAGGACCUAAACUCAUAUUCGGUAAAUCCUCUUCAUGACAGCGUGGGGAACACACACACACACACACACACACACACACACACUCACUCACAAACUCAUCAUACGCACUUUCCCAAGACUGCCUCUGCUCUGCAACAGUGCUGUACCUUGAUUGACCCUCAGCCCUGUCUUACAGGCUGGAAACAGGAACAUAACUUUGUGCAUAGAGAUAGAUGGUAUCACAAUUUAGGGGGGGAAAAAAAACACUUGUCUUGUUAAUCUUGACACUGCCGCCAUUCCUUUCCCCGCAAAGUACUUUAUGGGACUUCUUAUUUAUAUCACUUGUAUAAAUGGGAAUCUUUCCUAAUGCUGUUAUUCGCUGAUGACUGUGUUACGAAUGAAGUUAAAAAUGUGCCAUUCCCGCAGUCCCUGCGACGACCUCCUCAAACAGGAAGUCAGCUUUGUGAAAAGAAAUCCCAAUCCAUUGCCUAUUCAAACUCCUCCUCUUCCUCUUCUUCCUCCAGGUGAUUGGAGGUGGUAGGUGUAGCAGGCUCAGAGUCACGGGAGAGGGCCGCCACUGCCACAAUUUGAGGGGAAGAGCCCAGGCCCUCGGGAGGGUCUUCUUCCAUGUCGUCCGUUGUGAUGAUGGCCACGGCGGUGCCUCCCUUUUUGUUCUGGUGAGUCUUGAUGUGCUUGGAGAGGUGGUCGCUGCGCAUGAAGCGCUUUGAGCACUCGGGGCACUCGAAGCGCUUCUCUCCUAUUGGAGGAUAAAAACCACAAGGUGAGUGACAGAAUGUACAGCUACUUUUAAAUCUUUUUGGAAAGGUCAUAUGACCGUGGCAUACAUCACACUCACCACUCGUAAGCACUGAUCUGGAAGACUUCCAGACGAAGUGGCGAACUAACGCUUUCCCAGGCUGACUUUUAUUUGUUCAUAUAACACACACAGAACGAUGACCAACUUAAACUCAUUUCUUCAUGUCGAAACGCGAUGAAUUAAGUGCUGCUGUUCAUGUGAUGAUGCAUUCCAGCACACUGGUAAGGAACUGAGCGUCAGUUUAUAGGCAUUCAGACGUCAAUCAAAAUGCUGACUUCACUGUGGGCCACCUAGCUGGCCUUGUGAGGUGACUUUGAAACCAGAUUGGUUAAAGAAACAGCUCAUUGCUAAUGGUGUGUGUGGGACAGGGGCCAGCAGUACCCAUUGACAUGGUAACGCAUAGAAGCUGAAAUCUCUACACAUACAUGUACUGGAAGCAGGGUAGCUAAGACACGCACUACAAAAUGAAGAUAUUAGUCUCUUUGGAAUAAAUUAAUACAGUUUUACGGAAUUCAAGUUGUGAAUGCAGGUGAGGGUUUCUAAUAGUGUUUAGGCCAGAAGGACUUGCUUGUCCUGACUGCACAACACUAUCCUUUAUAGGGAAACCAUAUUUGGUAAUUUAAGUGUACAUGUAAAAAAAAACAAAACAUUAUCAGUUACUACAGCCUUGUAAUGUACAACAAUACAUUUCUGGAGGCAACUGGUAGACGCCAGAAUGCCCCCUGCCGAUUGUAAAUGGAACUGCAAGUGCCUUUUUAACCCCAUUCCAGAACAUCAACUGGAAUAUUUUAAUAGGCUAGGGGAAAUCACAUAGUUGUUGGAACUCAAUAUGACAUGUACAAGCAACCACUAUCAAAUGUAUUUUCUUGUCCGUCUCCUUGUAAGAUACUAUCAGCCAAUCCCACAUUUUGGUUAAAAAAAAAAAAAAAAAAAGUGUGACUUUCCUUACCUGUGUGCGUUCUCCGGUGUCUCUGCAACUCGUCGCUCCUAGUGAACCUCUUGCCACAGAAGAUCCAGUUGCAGACAAACGGCCUCUCACCCGUGUGCCAGCGCAGGUGGGCCCUCAGGUGGGAUGUCUUUCCAUACACCUUCCCACAGCCUUCCAUGUGGCAGAUGUGUUGCUUCUUCUUGGAGGGGUCCCCACUGUUCCUGCGC